AAAUGGCAUAUUGAAUGUAGUGAUUUGCAUCAACAGAUUGCUGGGGAAGUUGAAUUGAGUUAAUUGCAUGCACUGAACCAUUAACUGGGUCACAGAAGGUGACCAUCCGGCUUUAUAAUCUGGAAUCAUUUGGCAAUUUCUCUCUUUUUUUAACAGACAAGGGUCGGACUGGGAUGUGAACAAUUUCAAACUAGCUUUCAGCAGCAAAGGGAGGAGCUUUGAGAUGAAGGGCAUUAGAUAAAGCCAUUAGUGCUCUGUGGAUUACAGUAAUCCAGCCCCUGUAAUAUCAGUGCGGUGGUCCACCACUCGAAAAAUAAACCAUCAUGGAGUACAGACUGCAGAACAUGUUACUGUUAGCCAUCCUGCUGGUGUCUGAAGGUUUUUUUGGGCUGCAAGCGCAAGAGGAUGGCGAGGGCAACGACACAUGGGCUGGGAAAACCUGCAAGUGUGACUGUGAUUCCUCUAGCAAGUUGUUUUCAAAAGGUUCUUCAUCAAGUAGAGGACAGGAGAUGGACUGCAUGCAAGAGUGUCCCUACCAUAAGCCCCUGGGUUUUGAGGCAGGAUCUGUGACUUCAGAUCAGGUCAGCUGCUCUAAUGAAGACCAGUACACAGGCUGGUUCUCCUCAUGGGUUGCAAGCAAAGCAAGGCUCAACAACCAAGGAUUUGGGUGUGCCUGGCUGUCUAAGUUCCAGGAUACCAACCAGUGGCUUCAGAUUGACCUGAAGGAGGUCAAAGUGGUUUCUGGUAUCCUGACCCAAGGCCGCUGUGACUCUGACGAGUGGAUUACGAAGUACUCUGUGCAGUACCGCACCAAUGAAAAGCUCAACUGGAUCUACUACAAGGACCAAACUGGAAACAACAGGGUGUUCUAUGGAAACUCUGACCGCUCUUCCACAGUCCAGAACCUGCUGCGUCCACCUAUCGUAGCACGUUACAUCCGUAUCCUCCCUCUCGGCUGGCACACUCGUAUCGCCAUCCGCAUGGAGCUGCUACUUUGCAUGAAUAAAUGCACCUGAUCUGGAACAUGUCAGCAAAGCCAUACCCAAAACUUCCUGUUCCACCUCUUUUCUUGUGUCACAAUGAUUAUGCCAAAGUGAAUAUCACUGCCCAAUCACUGCACUCAAUUCAUUUAUUUCUAUUCUCUGGUAUUUUUCCAGGAAGAAAUGAUCAUUAGCAUGUGUUAUAGGUACAUCUAUUUGUGUUCAAGUUACAUAUUAAGACCUUUUUCACAUCACGUUGUACUCAUUAUAUGAAGUUUGUUGCUUUGGCAAAUCAGACAUAAAGGUUUUGCUUAUCUGGAGAGUGGUGGGAGAUUUCAUGGGGUGUUGUAUUAUUGUGUGUUCUAAUGUGGUUUGUGAUGGUGAUGUAGCGUGUUUUGUUCCCACGGUUUUGACCAAAACCCUUUUUGUAUUUACUAUGAGCCUACAUUGUUUAUUUGUGUUUGUGCACUUA